AUGCAGGGGGGGGCCAUAAGUGGGUGCUUUGACUUACUGACAAAGGCUGAGCAAAUACAACUCAGUGCUGCUAAGAACACAGGGGACAUCAACAAACUUCUCCAGUCGGCUUUGGAGGGAAGAGACUAUCUGGACAUGGUCGAAGAGUCCAAGAAGAAGGAAAUCUUGGCAGAUCUGAGGAGACAGGUGGAUGGAAGUUUCCUCUGGGCAACUCUGAUGCUGGAAAUCUUCAAGGAAGCAUUGAGAUUCGCAGAUGUAGAGGAAAUGGUGGCCAAGGGCAUACCGCACGACUUUGAGACGUAUUUGGAAAGACUGGUCCGGAGAUUCCCACCAACACAACACAAGUUCAUCAGUGACUCUUUAUCCUGUAUCGUUUAUGCAAAACGGCCUCUCUCUCUGGACGAACUCUGUGAAGCUAUCGAAAUCCACGAAAGCUCGCCAGGAGACAACAUCCAUCCCACAUGUCUUUUGAUGCGCGACCGGCUAAUAGACGCCUGCGGGCCCCUGGUCCGCGUGGAAGAACCCAAAGAAGCUAUGGGAAGACAGAUCUGUACAUUGUCACAUGGUGCAGUGAGGACCUUUUUGGUUGAGCACCCACAUGCUGUAUCGGGCAAAGAUGACUUCUGCAUAUCACCCGAGGUACUUGGCACAGGAUGCCUCAAGUACUUGCAACAAAAGCGGUAUAAAGACCUUUUGGAACGAGGAAAUAUGACCUUCGAAACAUCAUGCGGAAGCGACAUCAAGGAGCACGCACUGCUCAAUUACGCCGCCAAGUACUGGCAUAGGCAUCUGGAUGACGUCCCUUACACAUCCGACCUCUGUGACACAGUAGCUCAAUUCGUUCAAUCGUCAAAUUUCAUGACCUGCCUUCAGGUUCAAUCCUUGUUCGUCGGAGGACAUUUCAACUUCUGGUACUACUCAAACGAUGUACUUCAACGGAGAAGCCUGGUCAGGGCAUUCCCAAAAUGGUUUGUCAAGAAACAUCACUGCGGCGCCCGUCUCCAGAAAGAGUAUCAUCAGGCAAUUGGAGAGUGGAACCACUUCCUAGCUACUCAGUCAACUUAUGCCGGCAAAUUAAGGGGCGAGAUCAAGCGAUGUCUAUGGGGUUGCCUGGGGCAGUCGAACUUUCUCCACAAGGUUCCGAGCACGACCAAAAGCUUCAUCUUGGAGGACGUCGGUGUUGAGCCACCAGCUAGGACAGUGAUGUUCUACGACCGCGUUAGCCCGGGAGGCUCUGAAAUUGAUUUCUUCAAACUGACGGUGAAUGAGACGGAAUCCCAUUUGGCAGUUGAGAGAUGGGCCCUGAGUCGCGGAAGAAGCCCCAAGUUGAAAGUAACACAGCAGAUCACCUUGCCGCCAGGAUGCCUUCGCCUGUAUCAGCACGAGCUGAAAAAAGGUGUUGCCGAGAAAGCACCACUGUUGGAAGUCACAAGCGACGGAAAUGUUCUGAGGGUCGGUUCACAGUUAUACUCGGGCAACCCGGGGACCAAGCCAGCGGCCAAAACGCUCUACGAACCCUUGCUACCUCCCGAUGGCCCCCAAAGCUACAUACAAGCUAUAUCAUGCAACAGCAGAUACUUUGCAGUGGCUCGGCGUGAUCGUAUAUCGGAGAAUGACGUUAAAAUCCAAGUCGACCCUGCUGACGCCGCUGACGGGGACAGAAAUAGCUCAACAGACACUCUGUUGAACAGCAGCAGCAGCAGUAGUAGUCACAGCAGCCAAAGCAGCACUGGGAGCAGCAGUUACGAUGGAAGCACCGAUAGCGACAGUGAUUCGGAGGACGCGACACCGGCCGUGGAAACGUCCAAGGAGGACAAGCCAGACGUCUCGGCCUCUGGGAAACAAACUGCGAAUUCUGUCGCAGAUUCCUUGGAAGUAAAGUCCGAGUUCUCUGAUAGAUGUGGAUACAAUGUUUUGGACUGGACUGAAACGUCUUCCUUUGCGUCCAACUCUGCCAGAGAGUCUUGGAGCGAGGGAUCAACCUCCGCAAGGUCUGAUGAAAUCGGAGAAGAUCGGAUCUUGGGAGAUUUCGACACCGAAUCCAGCUUGCAAGUCAAAGAGGACGGCCUUCCUGCGUCUGACCUAGGCGGAAGCAGCGACAGCGGCCGUGGCGUCCACUUCGAGAACACGCCAUCUCAAGCCUCAUCCCUAUCCUCGGCGAAAACCUUGGACAUGUUCGUCGACAGGAGCUCAGAUGAGCAUUCUUCGAGUGAAAGUGAAGACGAGGCUCCUUCCUCAAUCGACGAUUCUGUAUAUGACUACAGCUCGUCAAAUCAGUCGGAUGAUGACAACGAGGAAACUCAGGCAGCCAUAGCGAAGCUCGAGGGUCUGCUCGAAAGCCGUCGGAAAAAGCAAGAGGGGACGUUGUGCGAGGUGCAGGUCUACCAUCUCGAGAAAGAAGACGGCCGUCAGCAGACGAAGGUCUUCAGCUUUCGCCAAAGAUCUCGAACCAGGCUGUACGCGUCGCCUCCAGCGUUCCAUCCCACAUCGGAUCUGCUCGUGUGGCCUCUGGGAGACAACGAAAUCCUCUUCGCCAACUUCACCGAGAACGCGUACUUCAUCCGGACGGGCACCAAGUCGCAACCCCAAAGCUGCCAGGUCUCGGUCCAGUGCCAUUUCUCAGAGUGCGGGAUGUACCUUCAUAUGGCGUCGUUCGAGGGGAUCAAGAUGCGGUACACCGACGGCGAAGUCCGACUUGGCUUCAAAAUCCUCGUCACCACCCACCGGCUUUCGCGGAGAAAGACGGCAAGAAGCCCGCCACAUCUAAUCUACCGCACGUCCGUCAACCUGGUGAGUGAUCUCGCUGAGGGAGAAAAGCUGGAUGUGAUGAACCUCCCUUUCUCCUUGUCAUGGGCCAAGGAUCACUUGUUUGUGACUGAGAAAUCCCUUCGGCUUCUUGUUCAUCGUCUGCCACUGUUUCGAGAUGUUGAGAAGAAGGACGUCACUCAAUUUGCCCCGAGGGGUGUCCUUUACAACUUGGGAGACAUCUUCCUACCCACGUCGUCAUUGACUCGCAAAAUCCACUUUUUUGCUUCAGAAGAUUUGCCAAAGCCCGAAGAUUCCGCACAGAGCAAAAUCAAGAGUUCUAGGAAGAAGAAGUCUGCGGAGAGGUCCAGGGACAAAUAUGUAGCUCAUGUCCUCCUCGGUUCGCUGAAUGAAACAUCUGGGCCACAAUCCGCGGAAGGUGCGUCAAACGACUUUUCGUACGCAAGGACGGCGCCGCAAGGAUUCCAUCUUACUCAGGAACAACUGGGAGACUGGGAUGGGGAACAGAGCCACGUGUUAAAGCAGAGGUCGCAAACGUGGAGGGGUGGUGAGCUCAUGGCCAAGUUGGAAAAGUUUGACAUGUCGGAAGAUUGUGACAUUGUGCCAUAUUUACACUAUUAA